AUGAAAAGUAAAACAACAUCAUCAACGGCUUCAACAGAAAAAACGAAGAAACUUAAAAAAGAAUUAGAAAAUGAUGAUGAGUAUGAUUAUAUUGCAAUUCCUCCUGAUGGUGGAUAUGGUUGGGUGGUGUUAAUUGCUUGUUUUAUAAUCAACAUGAUUGUCGAUGGAUUUUUAUAUGCGUUUGGAGCUAUUUCAAAAGAUUUACAAGUUCACUUUCGUGCUCACGAAUGGGAAGUAUCGCUUGUUAUAUCAUUGGCCUGUGGAUGCUAUCUAUUAAGCGCUCCGUUGGCAUCAGCAUUAUGCAAUAAAUAUGGUUGCCGUCCAAUUGGUAUCAUAGGAAGUUUUAUUGCAGCCGGUGCAGUGGGUGCAUCUGUCUUUUCUCCAAAUAUUAGAGUCAUGUGGGCUCUAUUUGGGUUUAUCGGAGGAAUUGGUAUGGGACUGAUUUAUUUACCAUCUAUUGUUAUGGUGGGUCAUUAUUUUGAAAAAAAACGAGCCAUUGCUACGGGUAUAACUGUGUCGGGUACAGGGAUUGGGAGUAUUACAUUUGGACCAUUAUCACGAUCGAAUGAGAAAGAGAUGGAUGGUGCUGAAGUAUUUGGAUUUCAACCCACGUCUCCGUUGUUGCACGACAAUGAGAAAACAAAUUCAAAUGCCAGUUUAGAUAAAAGUGGUAAAAGAGCCCGAAAAGAUUCAUCAGUAUCUGUGAGAUCACGACAAUCAAUCAAAGCCGACGAUGCUGCGAGAGCAUUAUACAAAGAAGAUGUUUUAUAUCAAGCUGACAUUCAAGCGUUGCCUGAGUAUCAAUCACAACCUGAUAUUCCGACUUAUGUUCAAAACACGACAGUUGUCCCAGAUGAACCCCCCAAUCGUAAACCAUCGCCAAUGAAAGCAUUCUGGGAUGUUUUUUUAAAAAUGACGAAUGUGCAUGUAUUAAAAGAUUCGAAAAUGUUAAUUAUUUGUUUGGCGAAUGUUUGUUCAAUGAUCGGGUACUAUACACCAUAUUUAUUCACAACAAAACUAGCGAUUCAGCUUGGAGUUUCAGAGUAUCGAGCUGUUUUACUUAUUUCAAUCAUAGGAUUUUUCAAUACCGGAAGUCGUUUUGUAUCUGGUUGGAUAACCAAACUACCUAAAAUGUCCCCGCUGAUGGUGAAUAACAUUGGUUUAGUUAUCGCUGGAAUUGCGACUCUACUUGUACCAUUAUGCACUACUUAUCCAUUGUUAGUUAUUUAUUGUGCCGUAUGGGGAACGUUUAUCGCAUUUCAUGUUUCUCUCUCACCCGUAAUUGUGUGUCAACUAGUUGGUCUUGAACUUUAUUCAAGCGCAUUGGGCUUAACACUCAUGUUUCGUGGUAUAACGUCGUUAACCGCUCCACCUGUUAUGGGUGCCAUUCGAGACCAGACCAACUCGUUUAACAUCGCUUUUAUAAUCGGAGGAUUGGCGUUUAUUUUAAGUGCUAUAAUGCAUUUUUCACUGUACUUUAUUGAUAAAAGACGGAAAGACGAACCACAACAGCAGAAUAAACCUGUCAAUGUAUAG